AUGGACCCGGGGAAACCAAUGAAAAGCAUGCUGGUGGUGGCGCUCCUCGUGGUUUUCCAGGUGUGCCUAUGCCAAGAUGAUGUCACAGAUGAUUACAUCGGAGAAAACACCACGGUGGAUUACACCUUGUACGAGUCGGUGUGCUUCAAGAAGGACGUGCGGAACUUUAAGGCCUGGUUCCUGCCAGUCAUGUACUCAGUCAUUUGCUUUGUGGGCCUGCUGGGCAAUGGGCUGGUCGUGUUGACUUACAUCUAUUUCAAGAGGCUCAAGACCAUGACGGAUACCUACCUGCUCAACCUGGCCAUGGCAGACAUCCUCUUCCUCCUGACCCUUCCCUUCUGGGCAUACAGCGCGGCCAAGUCCUGGGACUUUGGUGUCCACUUUUGCAAGCUGAUCUUUGGCACGUACAAGAUAAGCUUCUUCAGCGGCAUGCUCCUCCUCCUUUGCAUCAGUAUCGACCGCUACGUCGCCAUCGUGCAGGCUGUCUCAGCCCACCGCCACCGGGCCCGCGUCCUGCUCAUCAGCAAGCUCUCCUGUGUGGGCAUCUGGGUUCUGGCCGUGGUCCUCUCCAUCCCAGAGCUGCUGUACAGCGGCAUCCAGAAGAGCAGCAGUGAGCAGACACUGCGAUGCUCCCUCAUCACCGAGCACGUGGAGGCCUUGAUCACCACCCAGGUGGCCCAGAUGGUGGUGGGCUUCCUCAUCCCCCUCAUCGCCAUGAGCUUCUGCUAUCUCGUCAUCAUCCGUACCCUGCUCCAGGCACGCAACUACGAACGCAAUAAGGCCAUCAAAGUGAUCAUCGCCGUGGUCGUGGUCUUCAUAGUCUUCCAGCUGCCUUACAAUGGGGUGGUCCUGGCCCAGACGGUGGCCAACUUCAAUAUCACUGGCAGCAGCUGUGAGCUGAGCAAGCAACUCAACAUCGCCUCUGAUGUCACCUACAGCCUGGCCUGUGUUCGCUGUUGUGUCAACCCUUUCUUGUACGCCUUCAUCGGUGUCAAGUUCCGCAGUGACCUCUUCAAACUCUUCAAGGACCUGGGAUGCCUCAGCCAGGAGCAGCUUCGGCAGUGGUCUUCCUGUCGGCACACCCGGCGCUCCUCGAUGAGCGUGGAUGUUGAGACCACCACCACGUUCUCCCCAUAG